AUGGAGUGCAUUGUGCCGCGUCUCAGACUCUUCAAUCUCACUCUUCCAGUGACUGCCUUGGGCGCAACGCUAUCGGCCACGCCGCUAUCCUUCUGCGCAACAACCACUUAUGCCGCAGGAGCCUUUGUGACACAACCAGAACCUUCAUCUGCCGGGGUGGAGCCAUCCCGAGAUGGACAAGGCUAUCGUGUGACAGGUAUUCGUUUGGGAUAUGGGAUUGAGCACCCUGAUGCCCCAAACCUCGAAAAUCUUCUCCAGAUUCAAGUUCCUCUCACACUGACAGAGCAAGGCUACAUCGGUGCCGUCGAAGGGGCAGCGACCGAAUCCAUCACGAUCGGCCUGAUCGGAUCUGAAGGCCCUGUGACGCUCUACGGCAGUGCUCUAGCGACGAUUAUCCAGGCGGUGCGCGAUGAGAUGGAAUCUCAGUACGGCUUCCUUGGUCAUCUCGUGACACCAUCUCCGAACGAGAUCGCCUUCCAGACUACACAAGAAGAUCUUCGUGGACCUGGAGAUUUCCCACUGACGAUACUGAUCUGGCCGGCGUCCGUUGGUGAAGUCCGGACAGUCGCGCUCGGAGACCGCAUCGCAGAGCGAGAUUCAGAAGACGACGAAUCCAACAUCAAUCAUACAGCUCACAAGCGCCAACGCAUCCGACUUGAUAUCGCUCAAGGAGAUCUGCUGACCAAGAGGACCGUCGACGAUGAAAUCCAUAGACUGAAUCGUCACCCUGGUCGGAGAGCGGAUGUCUCCAUCGCCCCGUCUGAUGAACAAGGCAAAGUCGUUGUUGACUACCUGAUCUCGGAACCGAAGCAAUGGACCGCGUACGCAAGCAUUUCCAACACAGGUACUCGCAGCACCAACGAAUGGCAAGAACGCUUCGGGUUCGUGCAUCGCCAACUCACUGGGCAAGAUGACAUCCUGCAAAUCGACUACAUCACCGCGGCAUUCGACUCUUCACACGCGAUACUCGGCUCGUAUUCUUUCGACCUCGGACCUGAUUUCCGCGCCAAAGUCCACGGGCGAUGGAAUCAAUACACCGCAUCAGAUGUCGGACUCGGAUUCGAGAGCUUCAAAGGCGAGGGGUAUGAAUACGGCGUCGAGAUCUCGACCAAUGUUUGGCAAGACGGCCCUCGAUUCCUCGACCUCUUUGGUGGAAUCCGCUUCGAGAACAUUGAUGUGGACAAUCGUGUCCUUCUGAUCACAGGGAAUGAGAACUUCUUGCUCCCGUUUGCCGGACUCCGCUAUCAAAAAUCAACGCCGCUCCAUACCUCGUAUGGUGAAAUACGAUUCGAAACCAACCUUGCACGUGCGGCUGGUACGAGCGAGAAUCGGAUCGGUGCAUUGGGCCGACCACUCGCAGAGAAUGAGUUCUCAACACUGAGCGGGCAGCUGACACACUCCUUUUUCCUCGAACCGAUAUUUGACCCAAAGGGAUUCCGAGGUGAUCGAGGAAUAGACGACAUGACAUUGGCGCAUGAGUUGGUUCUUUCUGUGCGCGGUCAGAGCAGUUUGGGGUCUCGAUUGGUCCCCAACUUCCAGACAGUCGCCGGCGGUGCUUCGAGUGUUCGGGGAUACAAGGAGUCGGUUGCGGUGGGGGAUAACGCGAUUAUCGGAACCAUCGAAUACCGAUUCCAUCUCGGCAAAGCGACUCCGGUCACGACCGAAACAACAAAUUUGUUCGGUUCUUCCUUCAGAAAUGCAAGAACUCGACCUUAUGGGGCGGCGGAUUGGGAUCUCAUCUUCUCUGGAUUCGUAGAUAUAGGACGGGUAACCGUACAGGACGCCCUCUUCUUUGAAAAUGAUGAGACUCUGGUUGGCGUAGGUGUCGGAAUCGAGGCACAGUUAAAGCGAAAUCUAACGCUCCGUUUGAACUACGGGAUGGCGCUCACCAGAAUCGGCGGCGGAUUGACGACCGCCACAGAUGUUGGGGACUCGAGGUUGCAUUUCAGCGCAACCGAUCUUCCAAUGACAACCAAAGACAUGAACUUCCCUCGCGGGCGACUCAGCGCCGCGCUUAUAGCCUUUGCUGGUCUGAGCAUGGGACUCGCGACACCGCUUGCCUUUGCGAAUCCACACGAGGAUGAUGCCACAAUCGUCGCUGGCACGGCGAUCUUUGACGCCAACGGCAAUCUCUUGACCAUCACAACCAGUGAUAUGUCGAUCAUCGAUUGGCUUUCGUUCAACAUCGGAGUUGGAGAGACUGUCCAGUUCAUCAUGCCUAACGCGCAGUCGCGUGUGCUCAAUCGCAUCAGCGGAGCAACACCUUCAGAGAUCAAUGGCACGCUGACGGCGAAUGGUCAGGUGUUCUUGGUGAAUCCAUCAGGGAUCGUCUUUGGUGAGAACGCCGUGGUCAACGCGGGCAGUCUGUACGCCGCAGCAGGAAACAUCUCCAAUGCGGACUUCGCGUCAGAGACCUACCGAUUCACUGAUCUCUCCGGAUCUGUGAUCAAUCGUGGACACCUGCAAGGCAAUGUCAUCGCGAUGCUUGGUGGUCAAGUCGCAAACAUGGGAACGAUCUCUGCUCCAGAAGGCACAGUGAUCAUGGCCGCCGGUGAGCAGGUUCUCAUCGGGACGCAUCUUGGAAGCCGAUUCGUUGAGAUCGAAGUCCCUCUCAGUGCCUCUGAGGCAACCACAACCGAGAACUCUGCACCUCGACUCGCGGCGGGUGAUAUCUAUUCCAUCGCCGCAUGGAAUACAGGGACGAUCGAAGCGGACCAUGUGUUCAUGAAAGCCGAGGGCGGCGAUGUCCUGGUUUCUGGAAACAUCGAUGCGACUGGAGUUGAUGACAACGGGUUCCUCACUGUUCGUGGCGACAACAUCAUCGUUGAGCAAAACGCCGAAAGCAGAGGAACCCCGAUCACCGCUGGAUCGGUCAAGAUGACCGCUGGACCAAGUGGUGUGAUCGAUCUCGGGACGAACAUUCACUCAACAGGAGCCGGCAUCGCAUUCUUUGGUGAUGUCCGACUCACAGAGAGUGUUGCCCUCAACAGCUCAGGAGCUUUCAGCGACACCAUCUUCAGUGGCGAUGUUUAUUCUGAAGCUGGUGAGUACAACACACUCAGCGUCUUUGCUAGCAACGGCGAUGCGUACUUUGGUGGAGCGAUCGGUGUAAACCCAACGAGUGAUCAACGACUCGGAUUCCUCGAUGUCGAUACGCGCUUGACCUCAUAUCUUGACAAUGUCUCCACACGCGACGGCAUGACGCUCAUGGGAUACACAGAGAUCCGAGGCCCAAGCGUGACAUUCCAUACCGGCACAGGCACCACGCUCUUCGGCGGUCACCUGUUCUCCUAUAUCCGCGGCGGGUCCGAUGUCGCAUUUAUGUACGACGGCGAAGUCUGGACUGGGGACGGCGAAGGAAGAACCCCCUUCAAGUUCCAAGGUAACAUUGGGACAGGCAUCCCAUUCCACGAUGUUCCGAAUCAAGGACCAUUCCGUACCGUUCGAUUCGGCGACGACCUUGUAGGACCAUCUCAAGUCGCAGCGGCAUUCUUGUUCUCGAAUGCGGCGACAGAAGGCUUAGGUUUGAUGGAUGCCGGUGCGAUUGACCUCUCAAGCCGAUUCUUCAUCUCCGCGACCGAUGGGAUCUAUGCCGGUCGAGGACAAAAAAUUACUUCGUUCGGUUCCAUUCAGUUCGCAGCAAAGAGCUUGGGAUCGACAACAAUCCAACUCAGCGAUGUGAACGCGUUGGGUGACAUUCGCAUUCUUUCACAAGGCCGUGCGGGCAAUGAAAUCGUGCUCCUAGGCCAUCUCGGCGGACUGAUCCACGGCACUGGUAAUGAGGGUGAUCGUUCUGGUACUGGAUAUGACGAGCAAGCCGCGGAACUGAUUGCAUCGGGGACCAUUCUUCUUGAUGGCACCAUUGUCACAGACGCUGGUGGAGCGAUGAUCGGUGCCGAGGAUGUGAUUCUCGCAAACAACGCAGGAAGCGGCACCACGCUUGGACUCGCAAUCGAGACCUUCCCAGGCGGCGUCUCACUCGCAAACUUCAUGGGAACGCUCCCAGCGACCAGCGGACAGGUCUACGCAUAUGACCUGACUUUGGGGCCGUUGCUGAACAUGAACCCACCAACCACCCAAGCGAACCUUGGUUCCGCAUUGGCAGAUGAAGAUCAAAUCCGAUUGCGCGACGAUGAACCUUACCUCGCACAGCGUCAGGUGCUCAUCGAGCUCGGACUCGCGCCGACCUAUGUGUCAGGAAGUACUGUCCGCGAAGGCGCCCUGACUGGUGCUGAGCGAUACACCGUCGCUCCGGAUCAAUCCCCAACGCUGAUCAUGGAUCGCUUAUCCCAACGCAGUGUUGAUCGUUUGACCUCAGCGUACAUCUCCCUCUUCGGCCAACUCGAUGAGGAAUCAGGUGCACGACCUGGAAUCAGCCAGGUUACCGAGCGCCUGAAUAGCGAUGAUCAGAAUGAAGUCGAUAUCGUGAUGUCACAGAUUGGGAUCAUCCUCGAUCGGAUCGCGCUGCUUGAACUGACCCCGCUUGAGGUUGAGCGAGCUCAGACUCAACUCUUGGAUAUGAUCCGUCCAAACUCGAUGGAUGCAUCCAAGUUCCGCUCUCAAUGGGCGAAGAACUGA